AUGGUGGCCCCUACAGCUAUUAAGAACACUGGACAGAGUGCUGUGCAUGCGAAAGGUAUAAGUUCAUCCAGAAUUAUUGGUGGCCAUACGCAGCACAUGGAAAAUGACAAUGAUGAUGACGACAUUUUAAUAGAUCAGGAUAUAGCGGAGCAAGAGGAGGUAGUAGAUAGUCCAGCCAAUGAAUAUGAUGAGACAAAGGGUGUAAUUUUAGAUACCGAAGGAAAACCCCGGUUUACUGCCGCUGCAAAGUCUUCUGAGUCUAAAGUGAAGCUGGAGAGUAGAAAAAUAUCGGUUCCUCCACAUAGAAUGACGCCGUUGAGGAACAAUUGGACCAAGAUCUAUCCUCCUCUAGUUGACCACUUAAAGUUACAAGUUAGAAUGAAUCUGAAGACUAAGUCAGUCGAGCUGAGAACGCAUCCGAAGCACACGGUGGACCCAGGUGCUUUGCAGAAGGGUGCUGAUUUUAUCAAGACGUUCACAUUAGGGUUUGAUUUAGAUGAUUCAAUUGCCCUGCUGAGAUUGGACGACUUAUAUAUCGAGACUUUUGAAAUUAAAGAUGUAAAAACGUUGAAUGGCGACCAUUUAUCGCGUGCCAUUGGUCGUAUUGCUGGUAAAGACGGUAAAACAAAGUUUGCUAUAGAAAAUGCCACCAGAACGAGAAUAGUGUUAGCAGACUCCAAGAUUCAUAUAUUAGGUGGGUUUACUCACAUUAGAAUGGCUAGAGAAACCAUAGUUUCGUUGAUUCUUGGUUCACCUCCUGGGAAAGUUUACGGUAACCUACGUACUAUUGCUUCAAGACUGAAGGAACGGUACUAA